CCAGUUUUAAAAUUACACUACUAUUCUGAAUUUCCUCAUCUAUCCCCGGCUCCGACCUUGUUUCAGUUACUGAAGUGAAGAAAAUUCCCCAACAAUGGGGGGUUCUGGCAGUACACGACGGAUCGAAUUUGAGCAGGAUCCAAACAACCAAAUUAUGGUUACUGAGGAUUUUGCCAAAAGAAUUGGAAGCCAGGGAAAUAGAACAGGAAGACCUUCAAGAAGAAAAAUGGAGAGUGAAGAGGAAUUUACAGAUUCUUACAACCAGAAACUUAAAGAACUUGAAGAGAAGAAUGCACAGUUGCUAAAUGCCAGAGUGGAUGAGUUUGCACAAGCUGUUCAGGAGGUUGAAAAGAAAUUCAUGAACACCACAGGAUCCCCGGUCUGUCAAGACCUCCAGGACAAAGUAUUCCGCUGCUACACAGAUAACCACAAGAAGACGCUGCUGUGUUCGGCAGACGUCCGAGCGUUCUUCGAGUGUGUGGAGAGGGCCAGAGCUAAUGCGUUGAUGAGGAAAGGAUGAGGAGACAUUUUGUAGAUAUUUCCAAGAUACAUUCAGCAAAGUGACAUUACAGAAUCACUAUUUGAUAGUGGGACAUUUUUUGUGAUUAUUCAGCAAUGCAAAAAUAAAAUGUGUUGCAUAUUA